AUAAUCAUAGAUACAGUCGAACAAUUGUAAGUUUCUAACCUGCAAGAAAAAGUUCUAUGGAUAUUCUUACUUUAUUUAUCAUUGUAGCUUGUUUAGCUAUCCCUUCUCUCAAAGUCUCCAUAGCAGGUGAUACCAUAGUUCUGUCCCAGUCCAUUAGUGAUGGCAUGACCUUGGUUUCCCACGGUGGAAAAUUUGAACUUGGUUUCUUCAGUCCUUGGAACUCCAACAAACGUUACCUUGGAAUUUGGUACAAGAAUAUCCCACAGACAGUUGUUUGGGUUGCAAACGGAGCCAUCAAUGAUUCCUCAGGCAUCUUAAUGGUGAACACCACAGGCAACCUUGUCCUCAGACAGGAUGACAGGGUUGUUUGGUACACAACAUCUGAAAAACAAGCACAGAAUCCAGUGGCGCAGCUUCUGGAUUCAGGGAACCUUGUGGUUAGAGCAGAGAGUGAAACAAACUCAGAAGACUAUUUGUGGCAAAGCUUUGACUACCCUUCAGAUACAAUACUGCCAGGGAUGAAGUUGGGAUGGGACCUCAAAACUGGUAGGGAACGGCGAAUGACAUCUUGGAAGAGUCCUAGUGAUCCAUCCCCUGGAGACUUUAAUUGGGGUCUACUGCUCUAUAACUAUCCUGAGUUUUAUCUGAUGAACGGAAAAGAAAAGUUUGUGAGAGUUGGACCAUGGAAUGGCCUACAUUUCAGUGGUAUACCAGAUCAAAAGCCAAACCCCAUUUAUGCUUUCAACUUCAUAUCCAACAAGGAUGAGAUAUACUACACUUACAGCCUGAAGAAUGAUUCUGUGAUCACAAGAAUGGUAAUGAAUCAAACCUCUUUAAUGUAUAAUCGAUACGUAUGGAUGGAGGAUGAACAAAUUUGGAAGGUCUAUAAAUCGGGGCCAAAGGACAACUGUGACAUUUAUGGCAUAUGCGGAGCCUAUGGUACUUGCGUGAUUACAGGGUCCCAAAUAUGUCAAUGCUUAGAAAAGUUCAGUCCCAAGUCACCACAAGCAUGGAACUCAGCUGAUUGGGGUGAAGGAUGUGUACGAAAUAGACCUUUAAACUGCACUGACCAGCUCAAGGAUGGAUUUAUGAAAGUGGAAGGUGUUAAAGUGCCAGAUACUACACAUACUUGGGUAGAUGCGACAAUAGGUCUAGAAGAGUGCAGAGUCAAGUGCUUGAAUAAUUGUUCCUGUAUGGCCUAUACUAAUUCAGACAUAAGAGGUGCAGGUAGUGGUUGUGUCUUGUGGUUUGGUGAUCUGAUUGAUAUAAGAAAGUUUGACGGUAUUGGACAGGAUCUGUACAUUCGAAUGGAUGCUUCAGAAUUAGGGGAGAAAGAAGGGCACAAGAAGGUGGUGAUCAUAAUAGUUGCUGCCUCCAUUGCUACAAUUUUAGGGAUGCUUUUUAUUGGUUGUUAUCGUAUCUACACGACUUGGCACAACAAAACUGAGUCUUCAGAUAAUAUACGUGACGAAAAUAGAGCAGGUAGUGAGGAUGAUCUCGAUCUCCCAUUAGUUGACCUUUCAACAAUAAUCACUGCCACUGAUAACUUCUCAAUAAAGAACAAGAUUGGAAAAGGUGGUUUUGGACCGGUAUACAAGGGAAGAUUAGUAAGUGGACAAGAGAUAGCUGUUAAGAGGCUUUCAAGAACCUCAGGACAAGGAAUGAAAGAGUUCAAGAAUGAAGUAAAACUGAUAGUUAAACUUCAGCACCGGAAUCUUGUUAAGCUUAUUGGUUGUUGCGUUCAAGAACAAGACAGAAUGCUGGUUUAUGAAUAUAUGCCUAAUCGUAGCUUGGAUCGAUUGAUUUUUGAUGACACUAAAAGCAAACUGCUAGAUUGGCCUAAGCGUUUCAACAUUAUCUGUGGAAUUGCUCGAGGUCUUCUUUAUCUUCAUCAAGAUUCUAGAUUAAGGAUAAUUCAUAGAGACCUCAAAGCAAGCAAUGUUUUGCUUGAUGACCAACUAAAUCCAAAAAUAUCAGAUUUUGGUAUUGCUAGAAUUUUUGGAGGAGAUCAAACUGAAGGAAAUACACAAAGAGUAGUUGGAACUUAUGGGUACAUGGCACCAGAAUAUGCAGCUGAUGGUCUUUUUUCAAUCAAAUCUGAUGUUUUCAGUUUUGGUAUUUUGUUGCUGGAGAUUAUCAGUGGAAAGAGAAAUAGAGGUUUUUAUGUUGAAAGCCACUGUCCUAACCUUGUCACUCAUGCAUGGAGUCUGUGGAAAGAGGGCAGGGCUAUAGAAAUGUUUGACUCAAACAUUGAGGGCUCUUGUGUUCUAUCAGAGGUAUUGCGUUGCAUCCAUGUCGGUCUCUUAUGUAUCCAGCAACAUGCAGAGGAUAGGCCUGCCAUGCCUUCUGUGGUUCUAAUGUUGGGGAGUGAGAGUGAAUUGGCUGAGCCUAAAGAACCAGGUUUCUAUGUAAAGAAUGAUCAAGGUGCAAUAACUCCCUUCUCAAGUCGAAGUGAUACAGUCUCAACCAAUGAAAUAACAAUCACUUUAUUAGAAGCCAGAUGAAAAUUUACAAAAUUAAAACCAAAUUACUACAUUGGUCAUGGAAAGAUACUGUACAAAAAGGGGUACAGAGAAGACUGUGCAAUAAGAAGUAGUCAGGGUUCUAACAACAGCAGAAGAUUGUGCAAAGUAACCACAACACUACGGCAACAUCAUAUUAUUCCACCUUUUUUUUUUGUCAAAAAAACUAAAGGUAGUUUCAAGUUUUAAUUAUCCAAUCUAAUAAGUGUGGUCACAGAAUUUUAAGAGAGGGAGUGAAACAAUUAAUAAUAAUUAGUUGUAGUGUUAAAAAAUGUAUUAUGCUUUGUAAAAAAGAGAAUGAAGGGAUUUGGAGUGAAAAAUUGUGAAAAAGAAGUUUGAUCGAUUAUUAUUAUUAUUAUAGAAUUAUUUGUUUGCAAUUUAGAAUCAUAAAGUAGUAGUAACAACAAUUUUCAAUGAUAAGAAGACCCACGAAAUGUCAUGUUAUUAUUAUCAUUUCAUUAGUUUCA